GUCGCUGCACGUGCUGAAGUUGCACCAGGUGAGAAGGUUGUUGGAAUUGACUUGGGCACAACCAACUCCGCUGUGGCUGCCAUGGAGGCUGGGACUCCCACCGUGAUCCCCAACGCAGAGGGAGCCCGAACUACGCCCAGCGUAGUGGCCUACUCCAAGAGCGGUGAGCUUUUGGUUGGGCAGAUUGCAAAGCGCCAGGAGGGGGCCUUGUUAUUGCUA